CCGUUGGGGUGAAGGGCCGGCCAUCUUGGGCGGGAGCCCUCAGAAUCGAAUUUGUCCCUCCCGCGGGGCCGUUGGGGUGAAGGGCCGGCCAUCUUGGGCGGGAGCCCUCAGAAUCGAGUUUGUCCCUCCCGCGGGGCCGUUGGGGUGAAGGGCCGGCCAUCUUGGGCGGGAGCCCUCAGAAUCGAAUUUGUCCCUCCCGCGGGGCCGUUGGGGUGAGGGGCCGGACAUCUUGGGUGGGAGCCCUCAGAGUCGAGUUUGUCCCCUCCACGGGGAUCGAGGGGCGCUUUGGGCAGAGGUGAUCGCCUCCACAGGGAUUGAGGGGCGCUUUGGGAAGAGUUUAUUUUAGCAGAGUUUAUUUUAUCUCCACCGGGGAGGGCGGGGAGCACUCUCGUCAGAGUUUGGCCGCCAUUACACUACACGUUGGAGGAGCACUGUGGGCGAGCGGCCCGCACAGGGACACGGGGCCGCCGAGGCCUCCGUGUGAAGCCCGGGCUGGGCCGAUCUUGGAGCCACAUUCCCAGGGCGGGCUCCGUGGGCAGGAGCCAACACUGAAGGAAAAUCCAGAAAGGUCUGUGCGGAUACCACGGUUGGAAGGAGGGUGUGUGUCCUGAAACAAGCUGCUUCGAGUGAUUUGAUAAACUACAUUUUUCUUGUAGAUAAAGCGUAAUAUGCAAGAAAUAAUGGAAAUAAUGGAAGCUCAUACUGAUCUGGACAUAAUGCUGCAGCGUGCUGAACAGAAUCUAAAUAACUUUCCUGUUCUACAGCAGUCUUUGUUGUCAAUCAUUUCAAUUUGUGAUGGAAACACCAAUGCAGGGGUUCAUUUUCACUGUAUCGGUGGUUUGUCGACUCUCCGUAAUCUUGCCAGAUCAGAUGUGCCCAGCACGAUAAAAGAAGCCCUCCUGUACACCCUAGGAUCUCUAUCCGACGUUAAUUCCUUUUGUCAGAAAAGUCUCUGUAUUCAUCAAUAUUUUGAGGAAAUAAUGAGUUAUAUAGUGGAUAAGAAGUCCAGGUUGGAGUUGCAAAUGAUUUCUGUCUGCUGUCUAUUUGCCCUGGUUUCAAAGAACGGGAUUGGACAAAUAACCUUGAGAGAAUCAGGCUGUUUUCCUGUUCUGAAGAGGUUAUUCAGUGCAACUAUUGUGAGAUCUGAGAUUGAUUUCUCGGAUGAAACCUUUAAGAAGAAGUAUCACCUGUGGUAUGCAGUGUGCAAUACCUUGAGUGCCUCGCUCACUCGUCCUCGAAAUAAGGAAAAUCAGGACGUUUGCUUCUCCAUUUUGCCAGAUGCCUUGGCCAUGAUAGAAACAUAUAUGACCCCUGAGAUGGUUUGCCCUCUUUGCCUAUUUGUUGGAGUCACGGUGUCAGGAAACAUAUCCAUUCAGAAAUCCUUCAUAUCUCGUGGUGGAUUGGAUGUUUUGGCUAAGAGAUUUACCAAGAUGGCUGGAGUUUCACAUCUGAAUAUUGGUAAUGCUAAGAUGGCAGUAGCGCUGACAAAUGCCAUCAGUGUCUCCAUCGCUGAUAACGCUUCUGGAAGUGUUAUUCUAGCGAAGUAUCAAGUUGUGCCCAAACUUCUGACUUUGCUGCUUCUGGAUAGUCUGAAUUCUGCAGAAAAAACUAGCGUUCUGGUUACCCUUGGGCGUUGCAUAGAGUCAUGUGGGGAAAAUCUAAAUCUCCUGGUCCAGACCAGAGGCCUAAAACUGGUUGUAAACUCCUUCUCUGAAGCUGAGUGUGAGGAUAUAAGCCACAUUAUUCUAAUGGUCAUGCUCAACAGUAAGAUUUUUGCUGAGAAAUUACUUGGUAAAUUUCUUUCACGUGUUUCACAAGGGAUUUCUGAACUAGAAAAUCAAGGAAAAGUUGGUGGCCACUCGAAGCAAACAAAAGAUCUCUUGCCUAAAGAACAACAUCAAAAAAAAGGAAAUAAGGAUCAAUGCCCUAAAAUAAAAGGCAACAUUGGAAAGUCCGUGGUGAAAAGCAACUACCAAGAAAAGAAACGUCCAAAGCAACGUUCUGAUAAACAUGUAGAUCAAGUUUCAGCUCCAGCCACUGAAAUUGGAGCACAGGAACCACCAAAGAAAGCCGAUCUGCCAAGCAACACAGCAGAAGGAAAAGAUAAAAAACGUCAGGGUGUUAAAAGAAAGGCCCCUUCCACAGGCAAUGUGAAUCAGGAGCGAACAACCCAAAAAUCCACCAAGAAGGUGCAGAAGAAAAAGUAGCCAACAGCUGGACUAGAGUAAAGAAACCAGGAAACCACUGGAAUUCAAUUUGGUGGUCAAGCGGGAACGAAGACUUCAAUGGAUUUGUCCCAUUAAAACUACAAGUUAGAAAA